AUGUAUAAUCAGACUUCCAAAGAGUGGAAAGACAUGAGCUACUUCGCCAUUCCGGACGGCGACCGGCUCAAGAACAUCUUCUUAUUCGCCACCUCCGAUGUCUUGAUACCGCUGAUCUCGAUUUUGGGCUUGGCGGGGAACACCGUCAGCAUGAUGAUCCUGUACCAGAACGGCCUGAGGAAAUGCUCCAACAUUCUCAUCUUUUACCUGGCCGUUGCUGACACGAUCUACCUCUUGGGUAUCAAUAACUUCCCUCUUGAGAUCUACCUGAAUCUGAACGUACGCUUCGGGUACUUCAUCUCAGAGGCGUGCGCCUACUCGCUGUACUGCCUGUUCCACGUCUUUGUGCUCAUGGAGACUAUGGGAAAAGUCGUGUCCAUGAUACUCCCGACACUGAUCAUCGCUGAACGCUUCACGGCGGUGUAUUUCCCACUGAAAUUCACCCGCAUCUUCACCGUGCGUCGCGUCCGAAUCUCCGCCAUCGCUCUAUUCCCCCUCGGCUUGCCGGUGUACAUCUUGUUCUACCCGAUGACCGUGUUCGUGUACACCCUGGACACGGCGCGCAACGAGUCGGUGGGCUUGAUCCUCAAGUCCCGCACUUACGGGGGCGAUGCACAACUCUUCACCGCGGUGUCCGAGGUCUACUCGGCUCUCUGCGGCCCGUGCUGCGUUGGGUUCGUGUCGCUGGGAUGCGUGUUGAUAUCUGCGAGGAUUCGGCUGCAGAUGCGCCAGCGAAAGUCCAUGUCCUUGUCGAUCUCUGGGAACACCCGCAUCACACAGGAUGUGCACGUUCUGUUUCCGGAGCAUGCAACUGUGACAUUUUCAGAAAGAACGGCACGUUUGUCACCUGGCUUCGACUUCAGAAAUGACAAAGUAGAGAAUGCGAGCCGGGUCGAUCCGUCUAAAACUAUUUCUUCUCUCCAAAGCAAUAAUUUAUCAUAUCAAAGGACACUUUCUUCUACUUCGAAAGGCGGCAUUGCAUUUCUCCACAAAUGCCGUCGUGAAAACCUGAGCAGUGCGAAGCCAAAACAUCCCAAGAGGACCAC